AUGAAACCUCUGUUUCAUCCAUCUUCUUUUUGCUUUUUCUAUGCGGUACUUUUGAUGAUCUUCCUCAUCAAUAUUCCAACGUGUCUAUGCGAGGAUGAUGAGUACACAAACUGUAACACCGCUUUUUCCUGCGAAGACAAUAUCAAAGACCUCAAGUAUCCGUUCUGGGGAGAAAGCAGAGAAAGUUAUUGUGGUGGUGUUGCUGCUGAUUCUAUUACUACGAAGCUUACAUGCGAAAAUAAAGUUUCAAAGAUCACAAUCAAUAACCUUAAAUAUCGUAUUCUUGGAUGGGACAAUAAAACACAGAUACUCACAGUGGCUAGAGACGAUUAUUCAGAUGGUGAUGUCUGUGCUGGGAAUAACAAUGGCCAGAACAGCACAUUUGAUAACAGUACUAAAUUUCAACGUUACAAUGAUGUUGCUAACGUAACUCUCUUGUACGGUUGCAAUGUUGGAGCUAUAAAUGUACUGCCUCCAUUUUAUGAUAUUGACUGUGGCAAAAGUAAAUAUAUUGUCUACACCGUUGUUUAUUCUGAUUCAUUCUCUGCCUUCUGUGCUCCGACUCAUACUGUCGUGAUUCCAAUUUUGGAAAGCCUAGCUCAACAACUGGGAUCUGGCAAUGGACUACUGAGCAAUGUAUUAAAAAAAUCAUUACAAAGCGGUUUUGAGUUGAAAUGGAGCGGAAACUAUGGGGAAUGUGAGAGGUGCGUUACUUCAGGUGGAGCAUGUGGGAAUGAAGGAAACACUCUAUUCAGAUGUUUCUGCCCUGAUGGAAUUCAUGCAACUUCAUGCCUUUCACAAGUGCUCUCACCCUCAAGUCAAAGCUCUAUUAAAGGCCCUGUAAUAGGCGGCAUAGUUGCAGGAGUUGCAGCCGUUGUUUGCAUUCUUGGCUUUGCAUGCUUAGUGGUGCGGAGAAGAAAGAAAAAUCUUGAGAAAUCUAGAAGCAGGGUCCCCUUCAUGCCUUCUUCAAGCAGUGGCACUGGCACCGGCACUCUAACCUCCACUACAAAUUCGUCUCAGAGUUUUCCUUCUUACCCCUCUUCCAAAUUGGACGCAAUGCCCAAGAGUUUCUACUUUGGUGUUCAGGUAUUUACCUAUGAUGAGCUAGAAGAAGCUACCAACAAUUUCGACGCCUCUAAAGAACUUGGAGAUGGAGGUUUUGGCACAGUUUACAAAGGUGAUCUCAAAGAUGGACGUGUGGUUGCAGUGAAACGCCAUUACGAAAGCAAUUAUAAGCGUGUGGCGCAGUUCAUGAAUGAAGUUGAGAUUCUAGCGAAGUUAAGGCACAAGAACCUGGUUACACUCUAUGGAUGCUCCUCUAAACACAGCAGAGAGCUUCUCCUUGUUUAUGAGUACAUACCAAAUGGAACAGUAGCUGAUCAUAUUCACGGGAAGCAAUCAAGUUCAUAUUUACUUCCUUGGUCCGUAAGAUUGAACAUUGCACUAGAAACAGCUGAAGCACUAGCCUAUCUCCAUGCAUCCGAUGUCAUACACCGUGACGUUAAAUCCAACAACAUUCUCCUAGAUGAAAAAUUUCAUGUUAAGGUUGCUGAUUUCGGUCUGUCAAGGUGGCUUCCGAGCGAUGUCACGCAUGUAUCAACAGCUCCACAAGGAACACCUGGUUAUGUUGAUCCUGAGUAUUAUCAAACUUACCAACUCACUGACAAGAGUGAUGUUUAUAGCUUUGGCGUAAUCUUAGCCGAGCUUAUAUCGUCGUUACAAGCUGUUGAUAUUACCAGGCACCGCAGCGACGUGAACUUGGCGAAUAUGGCUGUCAACAAGAUUCAGGGCCAAGAAUUGCAUGAGUUAGUUGAUCCAUUUCUUGGAUAUGAAAAAGACAGUGCUGUGAGGAAGAUGACAACAGCAGUUGGUGAAUUGGCAUUUAGAUGUUUGCAGCAGCAAAGAGACAUGAGACCUUCAAUGGAUGAGGUCGUGGAGGUAUUAAGAGCAAUCAAGAGUGAUGGACUUGAAACACGGGAAUCAAGAGUAUUCGAUGUUGUUGUUAGAACAGAUGAACUUGUACUCUUGAAGAAGGGUCCUUAUCCAGGCUCACCAGAUUCUGUUGCUGACAAAUGGGUUAGCGGUUCUUCUACAUCUACUUCUUCAUAG